AGGGUUCAAUUUCAGUAAUAAAACAUCGACUCACUGUAAAAAGAUAAAAGAGUGGAGAGGAAAAAGCAAUCGAAUAAGGUUCCAUUGAUUCGAUCCAUCCGCUCUAAAUUCCCAAGCUUCUUCCUCUUUGUGCUGGGAAAACGUAAUCAUACACAUUGCAUUAUACAUAUAGAGAGAGUGAGGAUGAUGGUAUGGAUGAGAAGCUGAAAGGGAGAUGGCGAGAGGAGAGUGUUCUUACAAGAGAACGACUUUGGUUGUUUGUUCUGUGAACAUUGUUGUUGCUCUCUAUGUGCUCCACUCUCUCUACGCUUCUGUUUACAACUACUCCUUCGCUGACACUCACACCAUAUUUAAAUACAAUGCAAAUCAGAUUAGCAAAAUGGAAGAGUCGAAUCGAAUACGAAAAGCAGCAGAACCCACAGAACUUAUUCGAUUGAUCUCACAGCUAAAGGAAAAAUUUGCAAGUGAAGAAAGAGUUGAAGAAUUGCCCCACGGUUUGACAAAAAAGCUGAUACAUGAGAUCCUAGAUAGGUUCAGAAGCUUAGAUGCUGCUGCCAAUGGGACGGAGCAACGAGAUGCAAUAGAAUCCUGGCGCAAACAAAGAUUAAAAGAAGCUAAAAAACUUAUUCGUGGGAAAAUGUUAAACACAACAAUUUUACCUGAGGAAGCCGGCGCUGUUUUAAGAGCUUUAGGUUCUGGUUGGUCUGAGAUGUCAGAAGAGAUUGGUCUAUGGAUACCGGUACCAAUUAUUAACAAGGAACACGACGACAAACCUGAGGGUGAACAAGAGUCCGAUGAAGAAGUCCUACCUGGCCGAAAACUACCUCCUGAAUGCAAUGCUGAACUACAUAGUGAUUAUGAUGGUGCUGCUGUCAGAUGGGGACUUACUCACCAUAAAGAUUCUGCUUACGAGUGUUGUAUGUCGUGUUUGGAUCAAGCCAGACGUGCCAAACCCGGUGACAAGAAAUGCAAUAUAUGGGUUUAUUGCCCAUCGGAGACAGGGUGCUACUCUCCAGACAUUUACGAACAUAAAAAUGGCGAGUGCUGGCUAAAAUACUCGGAAACACCAAGACUGAACUUUAAAGACAAGUAUCCAGAAUCGUACCGAGAUGCACACCCGAAUGCUCCGGUUGUUGUGCCGUGGGUAUCCGGUGUCGUCGCCAUGUGAGUUGUUUUGCAAGCAUCAAGUAUCUAUACCUGCAGAGUUGGAGGGAGCUGUGUCAAUUUGUCUGCAAAGGCAGUGGAAUUUGGUUCAGUUCUUUUAGAAGUUAGCUUGAUUCUGUUGGUUUGUUCUUGUCAAUGUACUUGAAAAUUUUCUCUGGCAAUAAUUGUCACAAGUAGCUUAAACUAAUAUACAUGUAUAUGGACACUUCAUUCCAAUGAUACUGUUGAUUUAUUACAUCAUUA